AAGAAGGUUUAGCCACACAGAAGACAGAAAAUUAAUAUUAAAUCUUGCAGCAAAGACUUAAUCCUUUUAUCAUUGGGAAGUCGUAAUAGGAGGCAAAGAAGGUUUAGCCACACAGAAGAGUGUGUGGCCAACUUCACUCCGUUCCACAGGCAGAGAAAAUUGCAGUAAAAACCCUGCCGGCAUAUUCCAUAUUCAACUUUUUCUUUCUGUGAAACACCUUCGUCGGGAAUCGACGGUUCUCCUCUUCCUCUUGAAACUGCUAUUUGCAAUCGGCAGCCAUGAGUGUCAUCCAAGCAUCCUUACUUAACAGGUCGGGGUUUCCUAAAUGCCCUCAAGACUUUUUAACAAGAAUACCGUCUGGCAGAAUAUCGGCAGUUUCUCUGAGAUUCACACACCACAAACCUGGUAAAAUGCUUAUUCUUUCCACGACGCCUUUUAAGUCUCGUAAGUUGAAAUGCCUCUCCGCAAGAGAAGAAAUUGCCAUGGAUUCCCAAAAUUCGGAAGAAAGUGAGGCAGAGGGUAUUGCUUCUAGCAUUAGCGAAGGGGAAACCAGUGCUUUAGAGGCUGAAAGUACCACUAGUAGUGUUGAAAAGUUGGAUAAGGUUGAAGAGGGAUCGAGUGUAGGGGCGGAAGGGGUAAGAGAGGAGGAGGAGCAAAAUACUAAGAAGAAAAUGAGCCUUGCUUUGUACUUGGCUGCAUUUUGGGCAGUUUUUUGGAGAAAAGUGAAGAGUUUGUGGGCUUCGGAAUGGCUUAGUUGGUUGCCGCUGUGGCGGCAGAAUAAGCUAGAGCGUCUUCUUGAGGAGGCGGACGCCAACCCUAGAGAUGCUUCCAAGCAGAGUGCUCUUCUCGCAGAGCUCAAUAAGCACGGUCCCCAUGCUGUCAUUAAGCGAUUUGAACAAAGAGAGCAUGCAGCAGAUAGUCGGGCAGUUGCAGAGUAUCUCAAAGCACUUGUUGCCACAAAUUUAAUAUCAGAGUAUCUACCUGAUGAACAGUCAGCAAAACCUGCUGGCCUCCCUGCUUUGUUGCUAGAGCUAAAGCAGCGGGCAUCUGGAAAUAUAGACGAGCCAUUUUUAAACCCUGGCAUGUCAGAAAAGCAUCCGCUUCAUGUAGUAAUGGUGGAUCCUAAAGCAGCAAGUAAAUCAACACGUUUUGUCCAGGAGCUUAUUCAAACCAUCUUGUUUAUGAUUGUAUUUAGUCUGAUAUGGGUCAUGGGGGCAUCUGCACUUCGCAAAUAUAUUAGCAGCUUAGGUAGUGGAGUCGGGUCAUCUCCUGGUAUAAGCACAAGUGCUACAUAUUCUCCUAAGGAGUAUAGUAAAGAAGUUGUGCCAGAGAAGAACUCAAAAACAUUCAAGGAUGUUAAAGGCUGUGAUGAUGCGAAACAAGAACUUGAGGAGGUUGUGGAAUACCUGAAGAACCCUUCAAAGUUCACUCGUUUGGGUGGGAAGUUACCCAAGGGGAUUCUGUUGACUGGUGCUCCUGGAACAGGAAAGACUCUUCUGGCCAAGGCAAUUGCUGGAGAAGCUGGAGUUCCUUUUUUUUAUCGUGCAGGCUCUGAAUUUGAGGAAAUGUUUGUUGGAGUAGGAGCUCGCCGUGUACGGACUUUAUUCCAGGCAGCAAAGAAAAAGGCACCUUGCAUUGUGUUCAUUGAUGAAAUUGAUGCUGUGGGUUCUACUCGAAAGCAAUGGGAAGGCCAUACCAAGAAAACGCUUCACCAGCUACUUGUUGAAAUGGAUGGUUUUGAGCAAAAUGAGGGCAUUAUAUUGGUGGCUGCAACAAAUUUGCCUGAAAUUCUAGAUCCAGCUCUGACAAGGCCAGGAAGAUUUGAUAGACAUAUUGUGGUUCCAAGUCCUGAUGUUCGAGGCAGACAAGAAAUUUUAGAGCUUUACUUGCAAAAUAAGCCUCUUUCUGAUGAUGUGGAAGUGAAGGCCAUUGCUCGGGGUACAGUGGGUUUCAAUGGAGCAGAUUUGGCAAACCUGGUUAAUAUCGCAGCCAUCAAGGCAGCAGUUGAAGGCAGUGACAAGGUCUCAGCCAAACAUCUGGAAUUUGCCAAGGAUAGAAUAAUUAUGGGGACAGAACGUAAAUCCAUGUUGAUUUCGGAGGAAUCAAGAAAGCUUACAGCAUAUCAUGAGAGUGGCCAUGCAGUUGUAGCAUUGAAUACUGCUGGUGCAAGGCCUGUUCACAAGGCAACAAUCACUCCUCGAGGGGAUGCUCUAGGAAUGGUUACACAGCUGCCUGCAAUGGACGAAACAUCUAUUAGCAAACAACAAUUAUUGGCACGACUUGAUGUUUGCAUGGGUGGUCGAGUGGCAGAGGAGCUGGUUUUUGGCCCAGAUCAUAUUACAACUGGUGCCAAAAGUGAUCUACAUACGGCCACGGAGCUUGCUCAGUACAUGGUAUCAUCAUGUGGAAUGAGUGAUUUGAUAGGUCCAAUUUACGUAAAGGAAAAUGCUAGUGGAGAUAUGCAAUCUAAGAUUGAUGCGGAGGUGAUGAGACUUUUGAAAGAGGCAUAUAUGCGGGUCAAAAUACUACUGAAAAAGCACGAAGCGUCAUUACAUGCACUUGCAAAUGCUUUGCUGGACAAGGAAACCCUUAAUGCCCAAGAGAUAAAAAAAACAUUAGAUCCUUUACAAAACAUCGAAGAGCAAUUGGAACCAGUGGAACAAGUUGAGCUUGCUGUCAGCUAACUAUAUGUUCAAUUGUAUCAUAAUUAAAAAAAGAAACUGCCCGCAUUCAUUAAAUUCUCUCCAUGGCUGAUCAGAGAACCCUGUAAAGAGAAAUUCUUGUUAGGUGCAUGGAUGCCUGCAAGGGUUUAUUAUUAUUAUGUAUUGGAAAGGCACCAUUUACUGAAAGCUCCAGAUGUGCAACUACUGUUUGUGAAGGAAUUUUGAAAAGGUCGGAUCUAAGAAAAUUUGCUGAUAUGGAAUUAAGUUUUCUUGUCAAUGAGAACUGUGCAAAGUGUAGUGGUUUGCAGUUAUUGCAUCCGCUGAAAAAGUAUACGAAAAUGUAAUGGUUCCAUUUAAGAGCAUGGAGGAUUACUGGGCACCUUCAAUGGCCUUACAAUAUUGUAAUAUUAUUUUAUAUUACAUCACUCUGGUGUAAAUUGAAUAACAAUGCAAAAUCCAUUUAUGGACAUUUUAUUAAUAAGGAUCAAUUUAAGAUUUCUUG